AGCACAGAGUCUCUGCCACAUCAGCUCAGGCGAAUGCAGUCGUUUUUUGGCCUGGACCCUACUGGACAACUGGACACAGGCACCCUUAAAUUGAUGAAAGAACCACGGUGUGGCGUCCCUGAUGUGGCAGGUUACAACUUGUUCCCUAGGAAAAUAAAAUGGCCAACAUGGAAUUUAACAUAUAGAAUUGUGAACUAUACUCUGGAUCUAAGUCGCGAAGAAACAGACCAAGCCAUACAAGAAGCCUUCAAAGUAUGGAGCGACGUCGCCCCUCUGCAUUUCACCAGGCUCUCACAUGGCACAGCUGACAUUGUGAUCUCUUUUGGAAAGAAAGACCAUGGAGACUUCUUUCCAUUUGAUGGGCCAUCAGGCCAGCUGGCUCAUGCUUUCCCUCCUGGUGACAAUAUUGGUGGAGAUGUCCACUUUGAUGAUGAUGAGACCUGGACCAAUGAUUCUAGAGCUUUUAAUUUGUUUGCAGUUGCAGCCCAUGAAUUUGGCCAUGCUUUGGGACUACAACACUCCAGCCAUCCCAGAGCCCUGAUGUACCCCCUUUACACCUACAGUGGCUUGAAGGACUUUGUCCUUCCGGAAGAUGAUGUGGAAGGCAUCCAAGCUCUUUAUGGUCCACGAACGAGAAUGGUCAGUGCCGAAGUUCCUAGUAGAUGUGACCCAAACUUCUCUGCAGAUGCUAUUGCAGAAUUACACGGGGAGAAAAUUAUAUUCAAGGAUAGAUUCAUGUGGCAUCAUAGUGCUCAGAUGUCUAGUCAAGGUUGGGUUGUCAUUCAUUCACUUUGGUCAGGAGUUCCAGACCAAGUUGAUGCUGCUUACAGCCUUCCAGAUGAGGACCUUAUCUUCAUAUUUACAGGAAAUACAUUUUGGGCUGUGAAAGGCUAUGAUAUACUUCCUGGCUAUCCCCGGAAACUGUCUGAGCUCAGAUUCCCAAGCAGAGUACAAAAGAUAGAUGCUGCAUUUCAUGAUGUAAAGAGUGGAAGGACAAAGUUUUUCACUGGAGACGAGAUAUGGAGCUACAAUGAGAGACUUCAGUCUAUGGAUCAUGGCUACCCUAAAUUAGCAAAGGAGGAAUUUCCCGGACUCGUGGACAGGGUUGAUGCAGCAUAUCAACAGAAUGAUUCCCUUUUUUUCUUCUGUGGAUCUGUCCAAUUGGAAUACAGCAUCAGCCAUAAAGGAAUCAUCUGCACUUUGCAAGCAAAUUCUCUGUUAGGCUGUUAAGUCACAAGCAAUUUUAUUCAUACAGAAGUUGUGUCAUUCAAAGAUAUUACAAAAUAUAGUAACAUCUGAUAGCGUGGAAACUUGUGUGCUGUUUGGAUCAGAAGCAUGGCCAAAUCUACGUUAUGUUGAGUCUGAGUUUCUUCUGGCUGAACAAAUCAAAACAUAGUUCUUUCUUUUUUUUAGUAGGAGAGGUGUCACUGGGUACAGCAUAGAAAUAAGUUCACUUGAAACAUGGGUAUUUAUGACCAGCUACAGACCGUUGAGCAUCUUUUCAUAAAACUGCCACUUGGGAUUUAGUAAAUUAGAGAUGUAAGAAAAGAUCUAAGGUCUUCCAAUAAUGCAUGUGAUAAAACAUCAAUGAGAAAACAGUUAGCCGUGUUGUCGCUGGAUUUGUGUUUUGCAUUCCAAUGAUUUUUUUAAUUAAUGUAGUUUAUCCAGUAGUAGCCCAUGUAUAAUUACCACCUUCUCACCAUGUAUGCCUACUAUCUUCUCAUCUUCUAUCUGGAAUAUGCUCUCCAAAGCUCAUGCCCCAA